UUCCCGACGGCCAACCGGAAGAGGCAAAUUGCACGAAAUCGCAACACAUCAAGGCAAACAAACGUAGCAACCAAAAAACGCGGUGUCUUGUUUCCGCGAGUUCGCAGCGCGUACCGACCUCAUAUAAACCCACAGCUAUGAAAUCAUUUACGUUCCCGUCGUUGAGCAUGUGCCAAAAUUGUCACGGGCGUAACAUCCGCCCCGGGAGAAGAGCGCGACGUGAAAGACGAGAGACGGCCAUGGCCGGCGGUCAGACGCAGAGCGACUUACUCGGACACGAUUCGCUAAUCGAUGAUCCCCUCAUGGUGGACGGUUUAAUCGACCAUGCCGACCAUCCGGGUAACAUCACAUCAGACCACAGCACUAAAGGCAUGUAUGAAGGCAAGAACGUGCACUACUCAGCUGUCGAUGGCAAGCCACUGUGUAGCUACUCGGGCAAGCUGUGCAAGCAGCGGAGACUCAAUGGAUAUGCAUUUUGCAUUCGGCAUGUGCUUGAGGAUCCGGGCGCUCGGUUCAAGCAGUGCCAGUAUGUGGCACGAUAUAAUAAUCAGCGAUGCACGAAUCCGAUCCCCGACAAUGAGGAUCGAAUCUACUGCAACAGUCACAUGCAGGUCUUAGGACUUGUUCCCAAGACAGUCCGCAAAAAGAAAGUCGCCACUAUGGAGCCUCUCUCACCCAUUCCCUCUACCACCAUCCCAUCACCUUCCUCUCUCCCACAAAUGCCUCCACCAUCCAAAGCAGCAAAGGCUCGUACGCCGCGAAAGACGACAAAGGGACAGACGAAAGUGGCUCAAGGUAAACGAGGACAAGGCGAAGGAAAACGGAAGACGACAAAACCGAGAACGAGAUCUCCUCUUAUUGCGAAUCACGAGUUACCAGAAAGGCAACACGUUAAGUCUGUGAGAGAUGAAGAGAGAGCAGCACAUGCUAGAGCAUCAGGGAAAGCAUCAAGUCGAAGAGUCGGGGUCGUAAAUGUCAUGCAGCCGAAUGUGAUGAAUGUGAGUGUUGCUUCGGCUCAGGUUGAUAUCAAAAACUUGAGCAAGCUAAAGCCAGUGCUUGACCUCUGGUCGACGCUUCGGCUUUUCAAAUGGCAAGCAAAGCAACUCAUAGAAUCUGAUGUCUAUCCGUGUGAUAGUGAGCAUGUGGAUUGUUUGGUUGCCAUGGAGGUUGACUCGAUUGGUGAUAUCAAACGGGAUGAUGACAUCACCGCUUGUCAGCAUUAUGAUAGUUUGGUGGCGCAGAGAAAGGCCGAGUGUGAGGACGGCAUGAAGCAUUUGGAGUUGACGCUGAGAGACGCGAGAGACGUCGACUCGAGGUUGUGUGUGAUCGUGAGGAAGACGGUGAGAGCAGCGAGAGAUGCGCCGAUACCUGCCGUCGCUUCGUGUCUGCUGUCAAGUAACAGAGAUCUGAGACGGUUGAAAACAAAUGACGUCUUGUGUAGACGAAGGAUCUGCCGUAGUAAGUUAUGCUGCACUGCCACUGUCGGUAUGGCACAGUGUCGAAGGAAGGUGUUGCCAUUCACGAGGCACUGCUUGCAACACAUCUGCAGAAACGAGGCUCAGUUUCUCUUCCGUUCGUGUGCCGGCUUCAUCACCGGCGACCACGGCGUCCAACACCCGUGCCCGUUCCCGGUCACCGACAUCACUCAAACGUAUCCAUACUGCAGCCACCACACUCCAGGCUCUGUACAACCACAACCAACACCCACACCAACAUCCCCAUCUCACACACCCGAACCACCAGCCAAACAGGCAAAACGAAAGGCACCAAUGGCAUCAACACAAGUAAAACGAGUCGCGAAACCGCGAGCCACGAAGCCGCACGGUACGUCCACAAGCUCAGCUAACAACCACAUCAAACAGGCAACAAAGUCGGCAACAGGAGGAAAGCCGAAGGUUGUGCGAGCUAAGCAAGCACAUGUGCCUGUCUUGACAUCAGCCGUGGACCAUCACAUCAACAACCCGAUCGAUACAACAACACGACAUCAAUUUGAUGUGAAGCCACCACGUUUGGUGACGACGACAGACGAGGAGAAGACGACGACCAAACAGAUGCAGACGUCGUCUGUGGUGAAAUCGAGUCGAGUCGUGAGUCGAGAUGGUGCACCCCAGAGAGGGUCAAAGAUAUCAACCACGGCGAUCUACAAACCGCCACAAACGUCUCACAUAUUGAACGAUGUGAAGAUGCCGUCUCACAAAGUGAGUAUGAGCAGCAGUGACAGCAGCUCCGAUUCCGACUCUGCAUCGUCGGGUUCGUCAUCGUCAUCGGACGACGACGGUCUGGUGAUGGCCACCAAUGAAGGGAUGCCACAAUAUGAACACGAUCGGCUGCAAAAUGCCCUACAAAUCGAACAAACACCCGGGGCUUCUCCACACCAACGACGACAAUCAGGCUCGAAAUCACCAUUUCUUGGCACAGUGACCACGCCCACGCAUCAGUCCCAGUCGCCGCAGUUUCAGCGGCACUUCAAUCGGCAGUUCUCGUCCGAGCUCUACAACGAUUUGAGUCCCGGUUAUCAACCGCAUCGGCGGGCGUCGGCGUCGCAGCACGAGUUUGCCCACGACGUCAACAACACGGUGCGUGCACUGUAUCCGACGCAGUUGCCGUUCGACGACAUACAGCCGCAGCAUGUUGACCAAUCGGGCUUCGAGUUUGAUCUCAUAUCGGAUAUGAGUCCAUACAAGCAGUCAACAUCCGGGUCUCCGUUCUUUGCACAGCACGUGACCUACCCGCCACAGCAUCACUCCAACUCGAGAGGGAUGACGAGAGACAUGAACAUGAACUCGACCGGGUCUGAUUCGUUCGCUUCCGGUUUAUUCCACGGAUCAAGUCUGUUUGAUGCUUCGUCUCCGAUGCAUUGAGUGCGGAUGUUAGUGAUGGGUUUGGAGUGAGACUGGAUUUGUAAAUUAUGUGGGAAACCCUGUGGGAUUUCUGAGAGACGUGCGGUUGCUGUUGGCAACCGGAGAUAGGUUAUUGAUGUAAGUAGAGGAGAUGGGAGGGUGGUGGGGUGGGUGAUGGUUAAUAUAUGGAGUUGAG